CUCUCUCUACUCAACUCCACAGCACAGCAAAAAGUCCCCACCGGCUUCGUCGGAGGCAUGUCGGCCACAUCGGUCCGUCUCGCAGAACUCGCUGGCCGAUGGCAGCGAAGAUCACCGCUUCAUGGAGGUUCCCGUUCCGGCGGUGGGCGUUCUGGAGGCGCCAGCCGGCGUGGGAAAAGACGUCGACCUCAGUCCGGCGGUCGUGAAGGCCGGCGUCAAGGUGAAGGGCCAACAGCAGCGCGAAAACAGCCUCCGGAACACGUUCGGUUGGGCGCGCAUCGACGUGCUGACCAUGCUGGUCGUGUGCAUCUUCCUGGCCUCGUUCUGCUUCUCGGCGGUCGUCGAAGCGCUGCAGACGUUGUCCCACAUUCACCACCAGGACGCGAUGCACUUUCCGAUUCCGGUGUUGAUCUUGGGCGCGCUGGGGAUCGUCCUGAACGGGUUCUGCUACCUGUUGAUCGGAGGGUACACGUACCACCAGGGCAGCUUCCUGUACAUAACUUCCAGUGGGAACGUCGUGCUGGACCGGGUGGUGUCCGGCGAUGGCAUUAGAAAAGGCGAGCGGCGGCUGUCCGGGUCGCGAAAGCACGUGGCCGGCAUGAACUACGAUGUGCCCAAGCGACAGAGCGUCCGCGAGAUGAUGCGAGAUGUGUGCAGUACGGUCUUUGUGAUUAUCUGCUCGAUGAUUGUGCACUACACCAACGAGGACGAGGACACGUCCAAGUUUGUCGAUCCGCUGUGCUCGAUUCUGUCCUGCGUGGUGCUGAUGACGCUGAGCUAUCCGUACAUGAAGGAAUCUGGCAUGAUCCUGCUGCAGACCAUCCCGGACACGAUCGACAUCGAGAUCUUCGAGCGCACGAUGCUCAAAACCUUCCCGGACAUCGUGAGCGUGCACGAUCUGCACAUCUGGCAGCUCAGCUCGAACAAGUACGUCUCGACGGCGCACGUGAUCUUCGAGAACCCCAAGGUCUACUCCGUGAUUAACGACCAGCUGAUUGACUUUUUCCACGACAUGGGCAUCAACCAGGUCACGAUCCAGCCGGAAUUCGCCUCCAAGCAGCCGGUUCUGCCUCUGUUGGCCGCUCCCCCGGUGAGUGCGACCAGCGCCCAGGACACCGCCGCGGUCAAGGACACGUGUCUGAUGCAGUGCCGCGGUGCGGGUUGUCUCGAUCGGCACUGCUGCAAUCGUAUCGUGGACAAGGACCAAGCGAAAAAGUCCGACCAGUUGACGGCCGUCGUGACGAGUGGUCACUCGUCCUGCCAUGGCCACUCCCACUCCCACCCGGAAGGAUCGGAGCAGAUUCCGAUGGAAGUGCAGAAGCCGGCUCCGGAUGUUCCCCCAACCGACUCAGUGUUAAAAGAGAGCAAGGAAGAAGAAUCAAGCCCAGCUGAAAUCCACGUGACCUCCUCCUCCUGCGCCACCACAAGCGAAUGUGGCCACACCCACUAGAGUGAACUCUGCCCCCAGGUUUGAAAGCAAAACACAGGGUUGUCUCCUAGUACAAAAUCAGCAAGACUGAACGCAAUGCUUUUCGAAAAGCUAAAUUUUACCCCUCCCCCCACAAAGUCCACUUGUUAACGGUCAGUCGAGAUUUUACGAAGUGUGUUUCGUAGAAAGUCAAACGUUAAAAUUUAAACGCUUAACGAUUAAAAAAUUUGUAAGAGACGAGUGUUGUUAAGAAAAAAACCAAUAAUAAAUUGUGAUAACUUUUACUUUCGCCAGCCGGAAGUAAGCCAUAUUACAACUACCCGCAAAACUACCAAUACCAUACUGCUUGAGUGUCGACGAGUAAGAAAAAUACAUUAAUAUUACGUUACGUUACGUUUUUCUUUGAGUGAAUAUAACAAGCGAUUAAUUUUAACGCAAAGAUUCUAAUCGAGUUGAUUACGAUUGUACGAACGAUUUUAACAAAAAAAAAAGUCUUUAUGUUUUGCAUUUCUUCCAGCAGUAACAUAGUGAGUAAGUUAAAGUGAAAAUAAAAAAUAAAUAAAUGCAUGCAAAAAUUUA